UUGCAGUGUUUCGUGUCAUUCGGGGGAGGGGGGAAUAUAAUUAGGCUGUGAUGAUGGGGUUAAUUCAGAAGUGUAAUUGGGGCCCCAUCGAUAUGGCGGGGUAAUCGUUACUUGAAUAGGCCAAGUUGCAGUUUGUGGUACUCUCCAUAAACUGCAAUUUCCAUUCGGGUGAGGUUUUGCAGCCAUUCGAUGUUAGACUCCUAGAUUACGCAUGUUGUCCAUAUUUACACCAUUCUGAGCCACAUUUAUUGUCUUAUUCAAUAUGGGGAACCGGAUGGGAAUGCUCAUAUUUUUUGUUUUGUGAUUUGCAUGCUUUUGUUGUUGUUUGUAUUCUGUUGCGAUAGUUGUGUAAUGUGUAAAUUAAACCCCCUCGGCUGUGAUGAUGACAACCGCAUGUUAGGAUUAGGGAACCGGAUGGGAAUGAUCCACCUUUUCAUUAUUUUUUUAGCGAUGGAUUCUCAAGACUCUGGACAUAUGUACUUCACCAACCUCCUUAGCCAAGAUCCUCAACUCGAUGCCUCUCCACCCUUACCCCCUAACGAGCCUAACGGCGUUAGAAAAUCAGUGAGGGGUGCAAACUUCACCCCUGAAGAAGACAAGUUACUUGUCUCCGCAUGGCUAAAUUGUAGCCUUGAUGCCGUUCAGGGAACAGAUCAGAAACAUUCCCAACUUUGGGAAAAAAUCUUUGAGUACUUUCAGCAAUAUAAAGAAACCACAAAUAAGCGGACAAUAAAGUCCUUAAUACAUCGGUGGUCGGUUAUUCAAAAGGCCACGAAUAAAUUUUGUGCGAAACUAGCUCAAGUUGAAGGGUGAAAUCAAAGUGGCAUGACUGAGCAAGAUAAGUUUGAGAAGGCGAAGAUUAUGUACCAAUCACUAGAGAAAUGCAGUUUCCAGUUUGAGCAUUGUUGGCACCUAUUGAAGGACCAACCUAAGUGGAUUUGGCGCGCCACAAAGGAUGUGACGCCGCGAAGGAAGACGAUGUCCCCGUCCCUGACCCCGACCUCAACUCGAUGUUCCGCCGCUACGGAGGAUCCGUUUUUUGAUCUCGAGACGGAGACUGUGAUAGAAAAUGAAGUUGCUAAAUUGGACCGACCAAUGGGCAGGAAAGCUGAAAAAGGGAAACGAAAGGCCCAAGGCAAGCACGCAGAGGAAAAUUUCCAACUUAGAAAGAUGAAGUAUACUCUUUUAGAGGAGUCACGUGCUCAGGAGAAAGAGUUUUAUCGCCUUAAGGCCGAAAAGAUGGAGUAUGACAAGGAGAAGGAGGAAAAAAAAUUACGUCAAGAGGAUGAAAGACUGAGGUUGGAGGCUGAGAAAGUGGAGCUUGCGAAGAAGGAAUCAGAUCAGCGCAUUAUGAUGAUGGAUGUGAGUGUCAUGCCAGAAAUGCAACGGCUAUAUUUCCAGCAACUCCAGAGGAAAAUCAUGAUGAGACGCAGUAAUGCCCGAGAUUUGGAUUGAUUGUAAUGUAAUUUUUUUAUUGUACUUUUGAUGAUAGUUUCCUGUUAUACUUUUGUGCAAGUAAAUUGGAUGCCAUAAUUUCAGAAACAAUUAUAAGUUAUGCCAAAUUUAAUCCACUAUUACAUGAAAGAAA